AUGGAGACAGAGAAGAAAAAUGUGAUUCUGAGAGAGGGAUUCCUGGUGAAGAGGGUGAGACGUCUUCACAGACAAUCACACGAAUAUUCACAACAGAAACUAUCACACAUUUAUAACAGGAUAAAGUGUGUUUUUUAAUCAUUUAAAUCAUCUGAUUUCAGGGUCAUCUCGUCCACAACUGGAGGGCUCGCUGGUUCGUCCUGAUGCCGGACAAACUGCUGUAUUACAAAUACGAGGGCGGCAAGAGAGACUCAUGUCAGCGAGGGAAGAUCCUGCUGAAGGACUGUGAGAUAACAAGUCCGUUUCUGGAGUAUGAAAACCGACCGGUGAGUUUUUAGUUUACAGUUUAAAGAUCUGAUCACAUAUAUAUGACAUGAUAUACUAAACAGCAAAAGAGUCUGUUGCAAAGACGCACUUGAAACUGUUAAAAAGCUGUGGCCUGUUUUCAUUUAAUUUUCUAGAAUUGAGAUUUCACUUAGAGAAAACAGUUUUAUUCUGAUACACUCCUGAAGUUUCCCUUAAGGUUAUAACUUGAUAACUUUCUGCAGAACCUCCCUGCAGUUUCAGACACGCAUACGCCACAGUUUCUCCUCAGAGUUGUUCUUUGUUGAUGUUUUUAUGGGUAUAAAUCAAACUGAAGGUGUGGCUCCACCAGCACAGACUCUUAUCCUCUCACCAAAAGUUUCCCCUCAGGUCGGAGUUCUGUCAGGACCUGACCUUGAACGUCUCCAUUGUCUGAAAACAUCUCUCUUCUUUAUCAACGUUUCCAGCUGGUUUUUAAACUCCAGACUAAGAACAAGGUGGAUCACUUCUUGGAGGCCUGUUCCCGCGAGGAGAGGGACGACUGGGCGGCCGACAUCACGGCUGCAGUGGACAACCUGCGGACAGGUGGUCAAGUGACGGACAAGGAGGACCAGGAUGGACCUCAGUCACACAGCAUCAACCUGAGGUGAGGAACACAGACUGCAGAGCCUGUGGUGCGUUCACUGACAGUUUUUGUCUUUUCUAAAACUGUUCGUCUCUCUGUCCGUUUUAAAGCAAAGUGUUGGACGCCAUGUACGACGUCCACAGCGGCAUCAAUAUGAGCAACCAUGUGGAGCACGGCAGCACCUACAGCAACUGUUUCUCAGGUCAGCUUUCUUCUCCUCUACCUUCAGUUUGGUGGACACCUCUCACAUGGAUCCAUCUUCAUGAUCAGACUUCAUGAUUCUGUCUCUGCAGGUUCAGCGGUGGUGGACUGGCUGGUGUUCAUGCAGCUGGCUCUGACCCGUGUGGAGGCCAUGACGCUGGCCUCGGCCCUGCUGGAGGAGGGUUUCCUCAGGACCGUCGGCAUGAAGAGCAGGGAGGGCAUCCGCACAGCCGUCCUCGGUGGGCAGUUCAUGGACGACUCCACGGCGCUGUACAGCUUUGUGAGUCAGAAUAAAUCUGUAAAUUAAAAGUUUUAAUCCAGAGAGACGGUUUUAAAGUUACUGACUGUUUCUUUCUGUUUCAGUCUGACAGUAUGAAGAAGAAAGGCCGAGUGAAGGCCGAGACGUCGCUGUCUGCUGUGGAACUGAGUGGAAAAGUGAUAAAGAGAGGAUAUCUACUGAAACAGGUACAAACAUUUUCACUUUUUCUUCUUUUAUGAGUUUAAUCAAACAUCUGAAAAGAUAAAAAACACCUCAGACUAACUCUUGGCGCUUCAGGGACACAGACGGAAGAACUGGAAGGUGCGGUUGUUUGUGCUGCGUUCAGAGCCGGCUUUCCUUCACUACUACGACCCCACGAAGGUGAGUGUGUAGAAGGCCGCGUUAAAGCUAACCCAAACAAAGCUGCUGUUUUGUUUGUCCAAACCUCAGACCACAAAUCUGAUUCAGCUCUAACCGCCGACUGUCUUCUGUCACUUAUCAGGACGAUGUCAGCCCUGUUGGCGGUUUCCCGCUGCGCAGCUGUCUGGUUUCCUCUCUGAACGAUAACGGCGUUCCCACAGGUGAGUCAAAUAACGGCGACAUCAGACACCUGAGAUGUUAGAGGAAAUGAUUAAAGGAUAAACACGGUAGUUUUAGAUCAUUUUGUAACGAUGUGGAGGAACGAGUCAUAACACACCCUGGAGAUCAUCAUGAGUCAGACAAGAGUGAAGCAUUACUCAGAUUAGGACAAGCUUCUUUACUGUAAAGUGUCGCCUUUGGACCACAAAUGACACUCAGUGAUCGUACAAACUUAUUUAUAAAUUCAGUCUCUUACUCAUUUAUUGUUUUAUGAUCUUAAACUUUCACAACUUUAAAGGGAUAUUCUGGCGUAAAUUUGAGUCAUGGUCAAACAAACCGUAACACCGAGUUAGACACCCCUUUGAGAGAUGAAUGUCGACCGCUUGCUUCUCGAGUUAUACCAACUUUAUGACAGCAAUACACAGCGGUCUGAGGAGCCAUAAACAAACCUCAACGGCAACGCCACAAAUAAUGCUCAGAACAGCACCUAACUUCAUCAACAGGACAUAUAGGGUCACAGACAUAGUAUUAUAUUCAGAGUUUUUCUAACUCCCAAGAAAACAUAAACUUAAGCAGGGGUGUUUCUCCACUUCUGUAGUCUAUAAGCUGGGCCAAGAAACUUCUACUGAAGUAAAAUGAAAAGGUAAAGGUGUUUUUAUUGAGCCGAAUUAUCAAUAAAAUCAUGAUUUUGUUAACAGGUAUGGAUUUAUGUGCUGUUGAGUUAAUAUAUUUGAACAAGAGCACAGUAAAGUUAAAUCAGCUAAUUUUCCAAUGAGGUUCUGUUACUAAACGGAACUACAUCAUGUUCUACUGAGGUUAGUACAUAUAGGGUCACAGCCAUAGUACUAGACACCAAACAUCUUUUUAAACACAACUCACCUACUCUCUUCCAGUAGCCGCUUGUUUGUAGCGAGACCUCAGGCCAGUCCAUUACGGACUACAGCGGGGUGACGCAGCUCAAGGAAGAACAUUUAUGAUCAUUUCUUCAUGGAAAUACAAUCAGACCGAGACGCUAAGACAGAAGAACUACCGCGUCUGCAGUGAAAAAUGAUCAAUAUGGUGAUUAUUGCUUCAAGGAAAUGAUCAUUUGAUGAUCGAAAUGAUGAGCGUUUUGAUCCUGCGUGUUGAUCCUGCGGUCGUUACUAAAGUUGGUAUAACUAGAGAAGCAAGCGGUCAGCAACAUUCAUCUCUGGAGGAGGUGUCUAACUCAGGAUUCCAACUUAAUUUUACGCCAGAAUAUCUCUUUAAACUCUUCACUGAUCAUAAUAUCUCCUCCCAAACAGGCGUGAAAGGAAACAUCCAAGGCAACCUCUUUAAAAUCAUCACCCAGUCGGACACUCAUUACUUCAUCCAGGCUCCGACUCACCAGGGGAAGAUGGACUGGAUCGAUGCGAUCAGAGAGCAAACGUAAGAGUUCAGACUUCCUGUCUGCAGCUGUGAUGAUGAGACGACUGAAAAUACACAUUCUGUGAAUGUUUACUGUAGCAGCACACUGGGAUCAUGCAAUGUAAAUGAUUUAAUAUAAAGAGAUGAUGAUUACAUGUUAUUUAGAGCUCGAUGUAACAGUGUUAAAGUUUGUGUUGUGAGGAGUGAUAGGGUUUUAAAAGCCGAAUAGUUUUAGCAAUUUAUCCUGUAAUAAUUAAGUUUAUUUUACAGUUUUUUAAAAAUGUUUUUCAUCAAUAAAAAAUAAUUCUCCUUUAUGUUAUUCUCUUAUUUUACACAGCUUUACUAACGGUGAUGGUGGAGUUAAACAGACAAUGGUUUUUAGAGGUUAUUUUCUACCCAACAGUUUCAUCAAAUCAUCGAACAAAUUAAAAAGUCUGAACUUGGUAAACCCUGCAGUAACACCCAAAUGUUUUUAUUUUGGACUUUAACGUAGCCUGAAGGAUCUGACAUCAAGAGGACGUACAAGCCGGGACAAGACCAGCUCCAGGAGGUGGUUUGAGUUCAGGUAG